AUUAUUAUAUUUUUCACACUUUUAUUACAUCUAACCAAAAAGGACCAUGAUCAUGCUUCAAAUUAAAAAAAAAUAAAAAUAAAAAUAAAGACACAUGUUAAUGAUACAUAUAUUACAUAACAGGAGAUUCCACUCUCAUCCCUUUGUCUACUCACUCUCUCACUUCGUGUACCACUAUAUAUAUACGACUCACACACUUUUUUUGUAACAUUUUUCUUUCUGCACAAAGGGCUUUUGGGGUUUGGGUUGUGGGUUUGGGUUUAUAACCUCUUUCUCACACACACUCAUUGAGUAUUUUCAACCAAACAGCCCUUUACAGCUCUAUUUAUCUUCAUCUUCUUCAUCUAUUUAUGGUUAAACAAUUAGGUAGUUUCAAGUCCUUUCUUACUCUCAUAUAAUUUACUUCUUCUGCCACUUCGGUCGACUUGUUCGUUUGAUUUUCUUUUAAUUUCAUCUCUUUUUACAAAUAUAUAAAGAGAAGAAAGUGAUGAGGGUAGAUCAUCGCUACAACAAAAGUUUCUUAGAUCCAUCAGUAAAGUUUUCGGAGCACAAAAUCACGACCCGUAAGCUCUUUCAGCAGGACCCGAAACCGGAACCCGACAUGAACCCGAAGCCGGAGAAAAUCGUUCGGAUCAUUAUCACCGACGCAGAUGCCACCGAUUCUUCCAGCGACGAAGACGAGUCUGUGUCCGUACAACGGCGAGUGAAGAGGCACGUAAGAGAGAUUAGUUUACAACAACGGCCCCCUCUCUCUCCUUCGGCUAAAUCACUUAUUACUAAGCAAGAAAGAGUCUCAAAGAGACCGAUUGGAUCACCGGAAUCGGAUUCCGUUCGUCGGAAAAAGUUCAGAGGCGUUCGCCGAAGACCGUGGGGUCGUUGGGCGGCCGAGAUCCGAGACCCGACCCGAAGAAAACGGGUAUGGUUGGGGACUUUCGAUACGGCGGAGGAAGCCGCCACCGUUUACGACCAAGCCGCGGUUAGGCUUAAAGGGGCUAACGCCGUUACCAACUUUCCUAACGUGGCUACUAGCGAAUCGACUGACGCCGUUACUGGAAGUGACGAGAGCUCGUCGCUGGAGUCGCCGUUAUCUUCAGAUGGAACUGUGGCAGUUGCGUCGUCACCAACUUCGGUUCUCCGUUACGAAGAACCGACGCCGUUUGACGAUUUCGGUUUCUUGGGACCCGAAAACUUCGGGUUUGAUUUUUACGGGCCGUUAGAGUUACCGGAUAUUAUGCUGCCGCGAAAGAGUCUUGGGUUAGCUGAAAUUGAGUUCAGCGAAUUCGAUUUGAUGGACGUCGUUUUCUAAAUUUAGAAUAUUUCGCCACGUGUUAAGAAGCUUGCCCAUUUAGUCUACUUGAUUGCUAAGGGGUACUUCGAUAAUUUCACACAAAAUUGUGGGUACACGCGGCAAAUUGUGAUUGGCUUUUCCGAUAACGGAACAGGAUUCGGGGGACAAAAGAAACUCAUUCCGAGGUUUAAUACUACAGUGGUCAAAGUGUCCAACUCCUACUUACCUUAGUUAGCCGACUUUACCCAUAAUAUACGGCGAUUUUGUUGUGUGUCGUAGAGAAACAAAAAAAAAUCUGUACUGUUAAGGAUUUUUAUGAUGUUUUAUAAUUGUAAUUACGUGUAAUUAAUUAAAUAUUUAAUUGUUAAUGAGGUUGGCUAAGAUAGAGUGAUCGUAGCUAAAUUGAGAGUGUUUGAGAGUUGGAGAGGAAAUAUUAUAUUGUAUUGAAACAGAAUCGAACAUAGUAGAAUUAAGAUUUUUGGGAUCUA